CUCUUCUGUAUCAGUUAUGGCGCCAACGCGACCCAACAAAGAAACGGACCGUGAAGGUUGGAACAAGAGUUGGGAGCAGGAGCUGACCCGUCUCUUCCCUGUCAGUAGACGUCCAAUGUCAGUCUACAAAGGAAUGCCACAGAAAACUCUUCAAUUCAUUCGGCAAUCCUCUACGCAUCUGCAGGACGACUUCAACUCUCAAAUGCGAGAAAUAUGCACUCUUCAACGCGAUUUAGUCAAGGCUGUCGUGUCUGCCUUUGCACACGAAGGGUUCGAGGAAAAAUGGCGCUUGCUCACACAAAAACGCAGAGAGGAGCUUGUCUUAGAAGGCUUAUAUGUCACCUCUUGCGCUGGGCCUGACAUGGAGGAUCGACGGCGAUGGUGCCCGGAGAUGAUUGUCAAAGCACUCGCAGGCAACAACGACAAGGACUUCAUUCAGCUUCUGAAACUGCACCUCCCCAAGGAUCAAGUAAAGGACGACUUGACGGCCCCGAUACUUCUACCGAAUGACCAGUUCGAAAAAAUGAUGAAGAUUGACCCAAAUGACCACGGGCUCCGCCGCUUGGUAGACAUCCAUCGUUUGCAGAGGGCGUACUUCAUUACGAUGACGUUAUGGAGCACUUUCAAUGCCAUUAUUGGCGUUCGAGAACAAGUUCGGACCGUCAAGGUCUCUCGAAGGAUAACAAAAGAGGACAAAAACGUCUGGCGAGCCGCUGAACAAGUACUUGGAAAAUCUGAAGUCAAAGAGAUCCGUCGCACUCAGGAGAAAGCUGAAGUCACCAUCUGUUGGAAUUGCAAAAGAGACGAAGAAUCUCUGCAAAAGCAAGGAAGAGUACUGAAGGCCUGCGGAAAAUGCAAACCAAUCGGACGUAUCAUCCGUUACUGCUCUCGGGACUGUCAAGUUGCCGACUGGAAACACGGUUUCCCAGUACCACACAAGAAUAUAUGUGGCAAGAAAGGUUACGACGAUGAUGAAGGUACCCCACAACCGGAUCAAGUGACCAUACCCUCGUCCCGUGGACUGACAGACGCGGAUGACACUGAGAUAGAUACCGGAAUACCAGCGCCAGAGCCCUUUUUCAAACGGUCGCCUGCCCUUCUACACCAAAUCUCUUUCCAUACUGAACCAGAUAGCUUUGUCGACUAUAUUUUUGUCAGGCCGUAUCCCCAAGAUGAUCAUGGGGUCUCCCUGGGACUCGAAGACGAUAAAAUGAAAUUCCUCAUUAUACGCCGAAAAGCGAUGAAAACCGGCGACAAAGCGGCAGUCGCGACGAUGUACAAGAUGCUGUUACCAUAUGCCGAGAAGCUCGCCUUUGGAGGAACUAAACUCAAAGCUCAACUCAAGAGUGAGUAUGGGGUGGACGUGAACACGGUCGAGCAUCCCGAACUUUCACCCGUCACUGAAGAAGAGAAGCGAGUUGGUCUGACUCUAAUGAUGAAAGGCUUGAUGAUGCGGGAUAAUUAUUCGGGUCCGAAGAUUCACAAGUAGAACCAGUAGAUUCCUGAUAAAUAGUUGUACUAUAAAGCGAUGCAUAAUUUGAAGUUCAUCGUCAUCUUCUUCUGAAUGUCAGGGGCAUGCGAAGCGGUCUGCAUAU